AUGGAUGAAGCAGGUAUCCGCGCGUUCUACGCGCAAGAACUCCUGCACCGGCCGAUCGUCUAUGCGUGUGGCGGGUGGCAGAAGCUGUGCCAGAUGCAUGGAUCAAUGAUCCACUACGAUGCCGACUCAGUUGCGACUCCUGACCGCAUCUCUCUUCCUGGCCACUGUUGCGCGUUUGCGCGCGGCUGCUGCCUCUCCGGAGCUCGCUGCCCCCAUGCACACCUGUCCCAUCGCCUCAAAGGGGCAGGGCCGCUACACUGUUCCGAUGGCCGGCGCUGCAAGUUUGGUCACUGGUGCAGCCUCCAGAAAGAGGCACGCUUGCCGGUGCCUGCUGCUCCGCCUUCAGGACCAGCAGCCGAAGAUGACGACUCGGAAAGCAGCUCCUCGGAAUGCGGUGAUGCGCCUGCGCCGGGCACCAUUGAGCUCCGCGCCAGCCAGAUCAGAUGGGCGCACAACUCGAUCAAGGCUCGAUUCCGGAAUGGCAUGCUGCUGGUGGACACCCUGAAAGAGCUGCUUGAUGGGAGCCUGCAGCCUCACCAACUUCCCGCCUUCUUCGUCUGGCAGCGGGGCAGUGCAUGGUUCGCCAUUACGGGCAACCGGCGCCUGUGGGUGCUAAGGGAGUUUGCAGAGAUCAGCGCUGUGGAGGUGGUCGUACGAGCUCGGCAGUUGAAUCCUUGGGUACACCUUUCCCCCUGGUUUCGACGGAUGUUUUCCACCGACUGCGACGGUAUGAAGGUCCAGUUUCGAGGCGCGCAAGGCCGGUACCCCAGCAUGCAGAUGGCCCUCCAGUCCGGCCGAAGCAUCCCGAGCUCAAGAGAGCUGCUUGUCGCACAGGAACUCCAGCAGUCGCCGCAUCCAGUUCCGCUUGAAGUGCUGGAGCGACGAUUCGCCGGGCAGUUUUCAGCUAGGGAGGUCGUGCUCUCCAAGCAGAGCCUCUUCACGGUGACCUCGGGCCAUGUCGCCCUUGCACGACCGGUGAAUCUCCCAGUUCCAGGUCUUACUGCACCGAAACCGGCCUCACCAACACCGAUGACUUCAAAGGUCCAUGGCGCCCCGCCGAUACACCCGAUGCCACCGCCCAAGGCUCCGCCAUCGCUCCAAAGCAUCCCCUCAGAGGAUCCAUGGGCCAGUGGCCACGACCCCUGGAGUCAAAGCUUGAAGGCAGGCGACCUUUCCACCUCUGCACCGCCGUGGAAGGCCCCGCCUCUCUGCAAACCUUCGGGCGAAGGAGCUGGAGACCCCUGGACAGGAGGGAAAGACCCGUGGUCGAUGGCCUCAGCGUCUUCCGCUGCCAUAAGAUACCGAAGCCCUCCGGCACCUCGGGCAUCGGACAGCUCCGAACCUUCCGCUGCGCAGACACCGGCGCCGAAGCCGAAGCGGCCGCCACCGCCAGUACCGAGCUCCUCAGAAGAGUCUGAAGCAGAGCCCGCUGCGGCUGUCAAAGUUGCAUCCUCCUCCGACUCUGACGGAUCCGAUGAGCCGGAGGAGCCGGAAGAACGUAGAUUCCGACAUCACGCUGCAAAGGAUCAGCCCUCCUACGCGAACAUCGACCGCUUGCUCGAAACAUUUCCCAGCAAGGGCUUCGCUGUUGCAGCUUUGCGUGAUCAUACAGCUCCAACGUCUACCGACAUGCAAGUCGGCUGGGUCCUUCGCAAUUCCGGCGGAUGUCUGUCUAUGGAUGAGCUCACUCAAAGGUGCAAAGAUCUGAAGAAGAUCAGCCACUUCUAUUUGCGGAGGAGGACACACCUGUUCAGUUCUGGGCAGCAGGGCAUUUCCUUCGCAGACCCUCCAGCCCUCAUCGAGGGCCAGGAUCUUCUGCCAGAGAACUGGGCAACGCGCUUCCCAAGUGAGGGCUUUGCCCUGGCAUCCACCUCGAAGGCAUGGGCGCCGACCGAAUUGGACUUUCAAAUCGGAUGGGCCUUGAGACAUGCCGGCGGCCAACUCAAGCGGCAGAAGCUUCGAGAGCAACUUGCAGGGCCGAACAGAAAUGUGAAGAACUUCUUGAAGCCGAAGUAUUUCCAAGAGAGGCCCCACUUGUUUGUGAUGAACGGCAGGACGCCUGCCGGCAUCAUCUCUUUUGCAGUCCCAGCUCGUAUUGCUCGACCUCAGGCCUCGUCGGCAACACCAGCCCCAGCGCAAGUCGACAUCAGCUGGGAAGAUGUCGUUUCUUCUGGGAUCUCAGCUCGCCUGGCACGAAAACAGGAGGGCACUGACACGCAGCAAGCAUCUGCAGAGCAGGUCUCGGUGGCGGGGUCGACGGAGCUAGCACAGAAGCCGCAGCAACCGGCGGAGGAACCAGGCGAUGACGGCGAUGGGGCAGAUUCUCUGCACGAGUCCCGGCUGCCUGAUUGCAAGUGGACCCGUUUCCCGAGUCUCGGUUUCGCUGCAGCCGCUGCCCGCGGCCCUGAGUACAUGCCGACGGUUUUCGACAUGGACCUCGGCUGGGCCCUGCACGAACUCUCAGGGGCUGCGGAUCCUUUGCAGCUGAAGGAGAAAUGUCCAAAGCUUCCCGAGACCUACACGACCAAGAGCUACUUGCAGAGCAAGCCACAUCUCUUCUGCUUCUCUGGUGAUAAAGUCCGGUUUCAGAGCCAGAUUCAAGCCCGCAUCGCGACGGUGUCUGGCACAAGUGCGAACGACGAUAAUGCAGAUUCCAGCGACAAGAGCCUGGAAGAACAGGAUGCAACCGCCGCGGCCUGCGAUGAAGCCGACGUCAUUCCGGAACAUGAAGAGCAAGAGAAGUUCCUCCAGGAGGCCGAAGAAGCCAAGCAGAAG